UCUGUGUACAUAUAUGUCAAUUAUGACAAAUUCAUUGAAGUGAUAGAAAUAACCCAAACUCACGGAAAAUCACAAAUGUUCUGUUUAAAAACGUACUAUUUACGGUAUUUGGCUGUCUUUCAUUUGCUAUAAAGUUUCGGCAUUCAAGUGAAAAAUAAAUCGACAUCAAAAUUGUGAUCGGAAGAGUAAUUGCGGUUCAAUAGUCACCUAGAUUCUCAACGACAGCGAUGGCUACCGAAGUUAUAAAAGGGUACACUGACUUACAGCAAGAAUUAAACAGGGCUCGUGAUAACCUCAAGGGACUGAACGAAAAUAUACGGAAAAUAAUCGGCCGGGAUCCAUCUAUAACUGAGCAGUACAACGCUGGGAACAGUUUCGGGGCAUACUCAAGAAUCGAAGCAAGGAAAAGAAACGUCAGCGUUUUCGAACAAGGUCGAAGACCAGAACAGGAACGACGCUUUUCGGAUGGCAUUCAGAAUCCAGUGAAACGCCGUAUGAUUGGCGAAACGAAAUCUGUUUUUAGUAGACUUUCCGGUCCACCCAAUAGGGACAAUGAGUACGAGAAACCGAGGAUACAUUCACGCGUUAUCAAGGAACAGCCUACAAGGCAAGAGAUUGUUGCUGCUCAAGGCGAUGAUGAGCAAUCACGAGCACGUAAUCGACGAAUCUUUGGUUCUCUGUUAGGAACGCUACAGAAGUUCUCCCAAGAAGAGUCCAAGCUUAAGUCGAAGGAGGAGAAGAAAGCUCUUAUAGAGAAAAAGUUAGAGGAACAGCAGAAAAUUGAAAGGGAAAAUAUGCGCAAAGAAAAACAUAGUUUGUUUACCGAUCGUAAACGCCAACAACUUCAAAUUCGCGCAAUUGAAACUAAGAUGGCUAAAAUGAAAGAUCUGGAAACCUGGCAAGAAUCGAAACGACUUUUGGGCAAUUUUAUAAAAACUAAGACCAAGCCUCAUAUAUACUUUCUUCCUAAAACUAUGGACUCUAAAAUGGAGAAAAAACUGAAAGAAUGUAAAGAAGAACAUGCGAAAAACAUGGAACAAAGACGCCAGGAAGUGAUGGACAGUAUUGCGGGUGUGGAAGCGCGUUUCAAAGCGGACCUCCAAAACCUAGAAGAAAAUAUGAACCGCGACAAAAGCGAAAUCGGAGAGGACAACGCGAAUAGUGCAAAACACAACCGUUCGGCGGGCGUUGAAGAUGAUGAUGACUUACAGGAUGACGAUCAUCCCACAAGUCCAUACAACGAUCAAACGGAUGUUAUCGAAGGACCUGCGUUACCUUCAGCGAUGGUUUCGGCGAACUUCAAAAUCACAAUCCAUAAUAAUGAGAUUAAGCAGGAGAAGGUUGAAGCAUCUCCCAAAAUCGUACGUUUGGUAGAGGGUCCUGCUACCCCCGCAAUAAAUAAGGAAUCAACUCCUGAAAGUGCCUCUUAUUUGGCUCAGGGUGAAAAUUUUCAGAUCACAUUCAAAACAGAUCGCGCUACAGACUUAUAAAACUGGAUUUUGGAAUACCAAUAAAUGCCAUUGAUACGCGGUAAAGCGUGUAACAGUGGAACGACAAAACUUGCGGAACCGAUAAACGAAAGCUUUUUUUGAUAAAUAUACAUAGAGAAUGCCUACGAAAAAAUUAAGUGCUAAAUUUGGCGCAAUAUAGAUUUCCGUGUUCGGUACUUUUCUAAGGAAUAUUCAAUGCGUUGUUUCCGCUAUAGCAAAUCUAAACCAAUGCCCCAGAAUGGCAUUCAAAAGUACGAUUCAUUUAAACACAAGGGAAUAUUUGUAAAUCAUAAAAGUUAUGUCGAAUGCCAUUUUCAUAUCUUAAGUUGUGUACACUAAAUAAAUGAUGCUUUUCAAUAAAUAUAGUA